CAGCGAUCCGCGCCCCGCAGCCUCCAGCUCCUGUGCACCUGCCACCCCACCCCCCACUCACCGGCUCAGCCCCCGGGAGAGCCGCGCAGGACGCGUGUUGCUUCGCCCAGCGAUAGGCAGAAGUUAGGAGAGUUGGCGGCCGCCUCUGGCCCGCCGGACUUCCGAACCGCCGCCGCCACUCCGAACCUUCGGGGCCGCCUCCCUCCCGCCCAGCCCGCCGCGCGGGGGAGAGGGGCGCGGAGGGGGUCGCCAGCGAGACCAGAACUUGCAUCUGUGUGAGGGGAUGCGAGGCAGAUGAGCGAGGCAAAGAAAAAGUGGAGACCGCAGGAGAGACUCCUCCGGGCUUGAUAGUCACUGGCGGACGCUCCGGCAGAGGGGCUGGUUUGGGGUUUUUUUUUUUCCUUCUCUCCCAUUCUCUGGCUCUUUCUUUUAAAGCCACACAAGCCCUCUCUUUCUCUACUAUCUCGUAUCCCCGAACCCUUGCUGGCUCUUAUGGGCAUGAAACACUCCUCCCGCUGCCUGCUCCUCCGGAGGAAAAUGGCGGAGAACGCAUCCGAGAGCACGGAGGUGAGCAGUGCCCCCCCUCAGCCCCCUCAGCCUGUUGUCCCAGCCAAGCCUGUACAGUGCAUCCACCAUGUGUCCACACAGCCCAGCUGUCCAGGACGGGGCAAGCUGUCCAAACUACUGAACCCUGAGGAGAUGACUUCAAGAGAUUACUACUUUGACUCGUAUGCCCACUUUGGGAUCCAUGAGGAAAUGUUGAAGGACGAAGUACGGACACUCACUUACCGGAAUUCCAUGUACCAUAACAAGCAUGUGUUCAAGGACAAAGUGGUACUGGACGUUGGGAGUGGCACAGGGAUCCUCUCCAUGUUUGCUGCCAAAGCAGGAGCCAAGAAGGUGUUUGGGAUUGAAUGCUCCAGUAUUUCUGACUACUCGGAGAAGAUCAUUAAGGCCAACCAUCUGGACAACAUCAUCACCAUAUUUAAAGGUAAAGUGGAGGAGGUGGAGCUGCCCGUGGAGAAAGUGGACAUCAUCAUCAGCGAAUGGAUGGGCUACUGUCUGUUCUAUGAGUCGAUGCUCAACACUGUGAUCUUUGCCAGGGACAAGUGGUUGAAACCUGGAGGGCUUAUGUUUCCAGACCGGGCGGCUUUGUACGUGGUAGCAAUUGAAGACCGACAAUAUAAGGACUUCAAAAUCCACUGGUGGGAGAACGUCUACGGCUUUGACAUGACCUGUAUCCGGGAUGUUGCUAUGAAAGAGCCUCUGGUGGAUAUCGUGGACCCAAAGCAAGUGGUGACCAAUGCCUGUUUAAUAAAGGAAGUGGACAUCUACACCGUGAAGACGGAAGAGCUGUCCUUCACAUCUGCGUUCUGCCUGCAGAUACAGCGCAACGACUACGUCCAUGCCCUCGUCACCUAUUUUAAUAUUGAAUUUACCAAGUGCCACAAGAAAAUGGGGUUUUCCACAGCCCCUGAUGCCCCCUAUACCCACUGGAAGCAGACCGUGUUCUACCUGGAAGACUACCUCACGGUCCGAAGGGGGGAGGAAAUCUAUGGGACCAUAUCCAUGAAGCCAAAUGCCAAAAAUGUGCGAGACCUCGAUUUCACAGUAGACUUGGAUUUUAAGGGACAGCUGUGUGAAACAUCUGUAUCUAAUGACUACAAGAUGCGUUAGCACACGAAGGAAGCUGCAGAGAGCAAGCAAAAAAAAGGAACUUUCACUUCAAGUCUGCAACGCUGCCCCAAGGAAUAUGGUUAGGAGGACGACACACUUGAAAACCAGAGGUUUCCACUCUGCCUUGAAGAUUGGUGAACCCGCCAGGGCUUCCGUGGACCCUGCCACAACAAGAAGCCUCCAGUCCCUCCGCUUUGCCCCAGGAUUCCUUAAUGAAGGUUUAGUGGGCACCACUUGUGCUGGGGCUGGGGCUCCAAGGAUGGAACCGAUUCCACAUAUCCCCAUCGUCCUCCUAAGCUGUGACUCUCUGGGUCUUCCAAGUUUUGCAUGCUGCAGGCAUCUAGGACAGAUUGCUUCCACUAGAACCCAGAGAUAUAGUGUCUUUGAUAGCAUAAGCCAGAUUUUCUGUCGAUGCGGUGGUGUGUGUGUGUGUGUGUGUGUGUGUGUGUGUGUGUGUGUGUGUACAUGUAUACAGCAUAUAUAUUAAUUUGCCCACAAACAUCUGUAUAUGCAUGCAUAUACAACUAAGUGGGUCUAUUAUUUGGGUGUUCAUUCUGAGGGGUAUGUGCGUGCGCAAGCGCGCGCUCGUGUGUGUGCGUGUGUGUGUGUGUGUGUGUGUGUGUGCGCGUGUGUGUGUGUGUGUGUGCACAUGGGUGUGUACGCCUAGAAUAUAUAUCACUCUAAACGGAGAUUCUGUUGCUUUCAAAUAGAAAUUUGUUUUGUGAUUAGUUCUCCCCCUCCUGGGCCCUUAACAGAUGUUACCCAACUCUGAAACACUCUCUGUACUAGCCCUGGUCUCGUACUAGCCCUGGUCUUGUUUUGACUAGACUGUGGCUCUAAAGCCUGAGUAUAGUGCUGCAGGCUCUGUGAGCGCUCAAUAAACACACAUGAGA